UUGAUGAAUCUAUAUCUUGUUUUUGCAAAGGCAUUGAAGGCAAUGAAUAGAUACGAUCUAUUUAAAUCAAUCCGUUUGUUCAAUUCUUUACCAGAGCACCAUCUAAACUCUUGUUAUGUGUUAGGCAAGUUGGGAAGACUAAAUUUUGAAAUUGUAAAUUAUUCCAAAGCUGAGAAGUACUUUUUGAAACUAAGAAACAUAGAUCGAACAAGACUAAGUGAAAUGGAAUACUACUCCACGCUUUUGUGGCAUCUUCAUAAAGAAGAAGAGUUGAGUUUUUUGGCGCAUGAGUUGUACGAUGUGAACAAGAAUUCGCCAGAGGCAUGGAUAACAAUUGGCAAUCUAUUUUCUCUCAUGAAAGAACCCGAUGAAGCAAUCAAAUGCUUUAAAAGAGCAACACAAAUCGAUCCUGGUUUUGCCUACGCCUAUACCCUUCAGGGACAUGAGCAUGCAACCAACGAUUCUUAUGAAAACGCUUUGGACUGCUUUAGAACGGCUUUGUUAUAUGACCCCAGACACUACAAUGCUCUCUACGGGAUAGGCAAAGUGUAUCUUAGUCUGGGAGACAAUAUUAGAGCAGAAUAUCAUUUUCGAAAGGCUGUCAGCAUCAAUCCGUUGAAUGUUAUUUUGAUCUGCUGUGUCGGAAUGGUUUUGGAAAGAGAAGGUAAAAGAGAAUUGGCAUUGAAACAGUAUGAGCUAGCCCAUGAAAUCCAGCCAUUGGCCCCACUAGCUUUGUUCAAAAAGGCGCAAUUGCUAUUUGUUUUAGCCAAAUAUCAGGAAUCUGUGGUGGAGUUUGAAAAACUAAAGGAGAUUGCACCAGAUGAAGCCACUGUCCAUUUCCUUCUUGCCCAACUCUAUAAAAUAUUGCAUCGAAAAACAGAGGCAGUGAAGGAAUUCACUAUCGCACUCAAUCUUGAUCCCAAAGGAUCGCAUUUAAUCAAAGAAGCAAUGGAAAGCCUAAAUGAUUAA